CUGCACUGGCCGCAUUUCCCCUCUCUCUCCCCGGCCUCUGAGCGCUCAGGAGCGGCUGUUCUCACAGAAUCCUCCCGGGACGAAGGUGGACUUUCCCCGGGUUCAUUCAACACCUUUUAGCUACGGAGGAUCUGAACGGUCAGUUAACUUUUUUCCCACCCAGUUUGAGGAAACUAUUCCGCUCUGGUCUCUUUGGUGAUGCCUCCAGACUGGAGCUGCUCCGGGACGCACCCAAACCAAACAGGUGCACCUCUGAUACACCACCAAAGAGUUAGUGGAAGCUUUUUACGCGCAAAGAUGAAGGAAAACUGAUCGCAGUUCAAGUUGAUAUUUUCGCUUUUUUUUGUCAAAAACCAGAGAUGGAUCGAUCAUUUUGGAACCAGUUUGAUGUUACGGGUUAGACAGAAUCACACGAUGCUGCUUCCAUUUUCGGGGUUUCUGUGUUUGUGGCUGUGCAGCGCGGCCUUCGCGACUCAGAUCCACCAAACAAAGGCGAGUUUCAACCCUCACUUUACAUCCACCGCCGCUGAGAGGAGUGCGCAGAGCCGGAGAUGGCGCACAGUAACCGGGGAGGACAAUGAGAGGACGGGCGGUGCAGAGCCCUCGGAGCUGGAGACUGUAAAUCUGUCACCCUCUGAGCUGCUGGGGACACAGACACCCGGGCGCGCUGUGCGUAAAAGUGACGCGCAAAACGGAAAGCGUGUUCACGAAGCUUUACGCACGGAUAUAAACAAACCCAGUGAGAGUAGUGGGUGCAAACAGGGAGAAGUGAUUGGAAAAAAACAUGGAAGCACUUGUAACUUGACAAGGAUUGGACACAACAGGCGGCACAGGCGGUCACCCUCUGUGCCGUUUGGAUCACAGGUGCGUAAAAGCGACGCGCAAUACGGAUCGCAGCACAUCUUACCCGAACGGGAAGCUUUACACACGGCUAUAAAGACGCCUGCUGUGAGUAAUGGAUGCAAACCGGGAGAAGUUCUUGAAAAAAACCAACAUGGACACACUUUUCGGCAGAAGCGAAGCGCGAAACGCGGCAGAAGGAAGCGAAGUGACGCGGACGAAGCCUCCAUGGCGCAAGAGGCUGAACACCCCUUAAACUCCACGGACUAUGAGGUGGAGGAAGAGGAGGAAGAGUAUUCUGUGCCGGACUAUCCCGACACCAUUCCGGGGAACCCACGCACGCACCGGAAGCAGCUGAAGAACCCUUUCUACCCGGUGACCGCGGAGGCGUGCGGCGCGUACGCGAUCCUGAUCUUCUCCGCGCUCAUCUUCAGCGUGGGCAUCAUCGGGAACGUGUCUCUGAUGUGCAUCGUGUGUCACAACUACUACAUGAGGAGCAUCUCCAACUCGCUGCUGGCCAACCUCGCGCUCUGGGACUUCAUCAUCAUCUUCUUCUGCCUGCCGCUCGUGCUCUUCCACGAGCUCACCAAGAACUGGCUGCUGGGGGAGCUCUCGUGCAGGAUCAUCCCCUACCUGGAGGUGGCGUCUCUCGGGGUCACGACCUUCACUCUCUGCGCUUUAUGCAUCGACCGUUUCCGCGCCGCCUCCAACGUGCAGAUGUACUACGAGAUGAUCGAGAACUGGGCGUCCACCACCGCCAAACUGGCCGUAAUCUGGAUUGGCGCCUUGCUGCUGGCGCUGCCCGAGCUUCUGAUCCGACAGCUGGUGACGGAGGACAGCGACCCGCCAAACGUAGAGCCGUGCGAGCGCUGCGUGGUUCGGAUCUCCACCGAUCUGCCGGACACGCUGUACGUCCUCGGCCUGACGUAUGAUGGCGCCCGUCUCUGGUGGUACUUCGGAUGCUACUUCUGCCUCCCCACGCUCUUCACCAUCUUCAGCUCGCUGCUCACCGCACGCAAGAUCCGACGCGCAGAGAGAGAGUGUGUUCGAGGCAGCAAGAAUAAGCAGAUCCAGCUGGAGAGCCAGAUGAACUGUGCGGUCGUGGCGUUGGCGAUCCUCUACGGCUUCUGCAUCAUCCCGGAGAACAUCUGCAACAUCAUCUGGGCGUACAUGGCGGCGGGAAUCCCUCGCAGGACACUGGACAUCCUGCAGCUGGUCAGCCAGAUGCUGCUGUUCUGUAAGUCUGCGGUGACGCCCGUGUUGCUCUUCUCGCUCUGCCAGCCCUUCACCAGAGCCUUCCUGGACUGCUGCUGCUGCUGCUGCGAAGAAUGUGGCACGUCGUCGCGCUCCGACGCCGAAACCAGCGACAACGAGAAUGAUAUCACCUCCGCCGAACUGGAGUUGUCUCCGUUUGGGACGCUUCGUGGGGAGCCGUCCACAUCCGCCUCCUGCAGCCACGUGGGGACGCACUGCUGAGGAGGAAGAGUCAACUGAUUCUGGGUCCUUAUAGAGUGGUGCAGGAAUGGAAUGAGUCCUAAAAAAGACUUUGACCGCGACUGACUUUGAUUUUGACUUGAGUUGAAGACCUUGGACUACAUUUCUGGUUCCUUCGUCUAGAAGUCAAUGGUUUGUUUGAAUGUGUUUUGGGUUAAAAGGUUGGAAAUGAGUUCUGUGGUUAACACAAGCUGACGAGUUGUUCACGUUUUAUUCUAUGGCAUAAAAUACGUUAGAAAGUUACGGCUUCUGGGUCCAUAUUGAGUGGUGCAGGAAAGUCCUAAAAACCUUGGAUUGAGCAUACUUGGUUCCUUCGUUUGGAAGUCAAUGGUUUGUUUGAAUGAGUUCUGUGGUUAACACAAGCUGAAGAGUUUUAUUCCACGACAUAAAAUACGUUGACAAAUACAGAAAGAUAACUUAGUGGGAUUAUUUCGACUGAUAUUGCAGCAGCGGUAUGAUUCACGAUAUUAGGAGAAUUGACCAUCAUCAUCACGUUGGAUAAAAGCGUCUAACAAGUGACAUAAAAAGUCUGUAGAGUACAAUUAUUACGCCGCGAUAUCUCUGCGGCUUCACAGUAAUUCAUUCAAAAUUGUAUUUUAAUUGAUAUUUAACCUGACAAAUAUUGUGCUUCCUGCUAUUUGAUUAUCAUAAAAGUGUAAGGAUCAUAAA